UAGUCAAACACGGUUUAUCUAAAGCAUAGUCACAUAGACACAUACAUUCAUAAUUCCAUACAUAUAAUAUAUUGAUUAAUCUUCAAUAUCAUAGUUUGUUUAAUCAUUGAAAAUGUAUGCAACAAGAUUACUUUCCAUGUACAAAAGAAAUCCUAGUGCUCUUUCAGAUCCACCACCAUCAGGACCAAAUUCAGGUUAUCUUGUGAUAUUUGAUGAAGAAGCUCAAACUUAUUCUUGUUUUGGUUUAUGUAAGGACAAAAGAAUCAAGGAUUUCCCUUUCCCUCAGAACAAAAAUUUAAGCAUCUUAUAUUCAGUAGGUGAAAACACUUAUUCAGAAGAAGCUAUAUUUCUUCCUGUAUUGAAUCAACCAUUGUCUUCAAAUCGCUACUAUGUCAUAAGAAGGAAAGGGAAAAAUCAAGGCCAAGCUAGCACAAGUUCAAAGGAAGAGGACAAGAGCUCAUGUUUAUGCUGUAGUUUUGUCCAUGAUGUUAAGCCGAGACCUUUAGAGCCUUUCGACGAUUAUCAACAAGUUGAAAUAAUCAAGAAGAGAUAUGGUUUUCAGGCAAAAUCCAUUGCAUCGGAUGGAAUCCCACCUGGUUUAUUAAGGGAAAAAGGGUGGAGUCUUUAUGCUAGUACUCCUCACAAUUACCAUUUAGAACAAGCUUUAGGUUCAAAUGAUUCCUUGCGUUCCAAGCUACCAAAUUUCGACUUUCCAUUGUCCAAUGGUCGUUCUGAAUCAGUGGUUGUUGGAAAGUGGUAUUGCCCUUUUAUGUUUGUGAAGGAAAGAAUGAAAUUAAAGGAGCAAAUGAAGAUGUCAAUGUUUUAUGAGCUAACACUUGAGCAACGAUGGGAGACAAUAUUUUCAAAAGAAAAUGAAACCAAUGGAGAGAAUAAUGUACUUGUAGAUGUUGCUAUUCAAACAGAAGUUGCUAAGGUUGGUGGAAGGGAAGCUGUUUGGGAUGAAAAUAGAUUGGUUGAUGGAGUCUUUUGGUUUAGGAGUGUUGAAGAUUUAGGAAAAGAAAUAAGUGUUGGCUUGAGUUUGGAAGUUGUUAAAGCAAUGAAAUGGGAACAAGAAAGAUUUGGAUGGAUUGCUGGAAAUGGAAGACAAAUGAGGGUAACAAAAGUUGAAGAGUUUGAUGGAACAAAUAAAUGGAAGAAAUUUAGUUGUUAUGUGUUGGUUGAAAGUUUUGUAUUGAAGAGAAUGGAUGGAAGAUUGGUUCUAAAUUAUGAUUAUAGACACUUACAUCAAAUUAGGAGCAAAUGGGAAUAGCUAUUUGUUUUCCUCAAAAACAUAUUCUUGCUUUAAUCUUUGGUUUUCUGCUAAAUUGUGUACUUAAAUAUUUUAGUUCUAGUUAUUUUGUAGUAUUAUAUACUAUAUAUAAAUUAGGCUAAAUUGUACUUUUGGCCCCUAUGUUUUAGAAAGUUACGAUUUUGGCCCAUAUGUUUC